AUGGUUCACCAUCUGACGAUACUCCAGCAACAACUCCCAAUUCAGUUGGAGAUCGUUGUGCCUAUGUACCAUCUGGUCUCUUCGCUAUUGGCUGCUCUAACUAUCAGAGAUACAUUCAAUGUUCUAAUGGGGUUGCCACGGUCAGAUCUUGUUCUGCUUCGUUGUAUUUCGACCAAGGGAGCGAAUCUUGCAUCUUCAGGGAUCAAGUUCCAGAAUGUCAAUCUACUACCGAAGCAAGUCGAGAUGAAACUACCACUUCGGGAUAUGGGUACACUGCUGAAUAUCCUUAUUAACAGUCUAGUACUGCCGUCUCCGAGGAACAAUCAUCAACUACACCUGGAUAUGAUAGUACCAACGAUUCCAAGGAUCAACCAAGAACAUAUGCUCCUUCUGUUGUUCCUUAUAAUCCAUCUGUUUCUGAGAAAGAAAUGGAUGAACCAGAAGAUGCCUGCGCUGGAUUGUCGGAUGGGACUCACGGUCAAGUCGAUUCCGUCACUUGCCCACUGGGACAAGGAUCUAUCAGUUCAAUAUUGUCGGACGUUCAGUCAGAUUCCACCUCAAGCAUGUGAUCAAGGAAAGACUACUACAGAUGCUGGACUCGCCCAGCCACUGCCACCUUGGAAGAUGUACUGUCAACCACUCAGGCCACAAUCACAACUUCUGUCGGUAAAGAUGAGGCAGAUGUAUCGUAUACGACUGAUAGGUUAUACCACAACAGCUUCGUACAAAGAAGAAUCUUCUAGUGUUACAACUUAUGGAGAAUCGACAACUCCAACAGAGGAUACCACUACAGAGUUUGCCAGUGAUUCUUAA